UCGGACGCUGCUAUUUACUGGCAUGUUACUGUUUUUGACCAAGACUGAGGUAGAAAACCAGCGUUGCCUCAUUUGUAUUCUGCGCGUAAUUGAGGUGUUUUUGUGGCUUUGGCAUUCAGCUCAGACGGGAGAGCUGCUGUUCAGGCUCCAUGUAAAUAUGUGAUCCUUCAGUCUCUUUGCCGCAGAGUGAUCUUAUCCGCAGCCACCUUGUUAUAGAGAAAAGGACGCAUCCAGUGUCGGAUAGUAUCAUCUCUCUGUAUCAGUGUUGGUUUCCUUUGUGCGUCGGCGCAAAAACGCGUGACUCGACUGUAAACCUGCAGAUUAGAUAAGAGUCAUCUGUAGGAUGAGCAUGAUGUGCGAGAUUUUCUUUAUAUUUUGUGCAAUUGCUUUGAAAAAAAAACAUCUUGAAAUUUGCAACAGUGCUUCAGGUUUGGAGUUUGCAAAUGAGUUUUGCAUCGUUUGGUGAAGAUCCUCUGCUGAGUCUUCUUUUCUGACCUGUCCUGCUAAAUAACAACGUGAGAGAAAGACUUGCUGCAGGCGAAUCCUCCAGCUCAUCACUCAGAUCCAUUCUGUCACAUAAUAGGUCACUUCUUUAUUGUGCUGCAGCUCUUGGGGUUAAUGUGGUUAUGCACAGAGUGGGAAAAUGAAAGUGGAAUGACCUCAUAAAAUCUGUUUUCCCUUCGUUUGUUCUUAGAUUUUAUGUGUUUGUACCACAUGCUCAUGAGAUAUAUUUAAAGCAGACAUUUAUUUUGGAUUUAUUGGAGGCUGUUUUUUAGUGCUUGCAUCCAAGACAAGGUCAGGUCUCCAGAUCAGGAGUUACUAAUCCAUUAUAUAAGAGAAAAGAGGGCAAACAAACUGGGUAACCUGUUCUUUUAAAGUGCUCCUAAUCCUCCUCAGUACCUCCAGUUUUAUUGGAUAAGUCAUUCUUGCUCUUUUCCAAGCUCUAAUCCUUAUAGAUGCUUAUUAUUUGAGCAAAUAAAAAGUCUUUUUCCGAUAACUAAGUGUAAGUGUUUAAUCACCAGGUGUGCAGGCAGCUGUUUUCAUAAGUCAAAAGUUUAUUUGACAACAGUUGUGAAGUUGGUGCACAUUUUUCGAGAAAUUCAGGACAACUAAUGGUGACAGAUUGACCUUCUACUUUUAUUCUUUUUUUUCUGUCUCUGUUAAAUCAUUGAGAGGCCUUAUUGAUACACAGCUGUAUGCCCUGGUGUCCUUUGGUGCUGCUACAGUGUGGGACAGCCCUGGCGCUGGUUUAAACAUUCCUGUGCACCAGUUAGAGCUUGGAUUAGCGCGUCAACCUUUUGUCUGCCAGACAAAGACUCAUCGCGUCUGAUCUGCUGCGUCCUCCUGCAGACAGUCUGAGCAGCGCAGCAGACACAGCAGCCUUCAUCCCUGCCUUCUGAUGACUCCAGAGGAUUUAUGAUUAUGAUGAUGAGGAACUCUGAACAUUAAGCCAGGAUUACUUUUUUAAAACUUUAGCUUUAGUGCAGCUGCAUGCAGAAAUUAAACACGCUGAGGAAUCAGUGUGGAGCUUCGGUGUUGACUGGCAUCUAUUCUUAUGUGUUUUCUUUCAACUUAACUCGAAAAGAAAUCCCUGUCGAAGCGUCUGCAGACAUGGGUCGCCAAGAAGCCGACUAUAUGUGGAAGAAGGACACUGACAACAUCCAGGAGAUCUUUGACUUCAUGGAAGAGUUGGGAUCAGGGGCAUUCUCAGAGGUUUACAUGGUGAAGGAGAAGAAGACGGGAAAGAAUUUUGCAAUGAAGUGUGUGAAGAAGAAACAGAAGAGGGAUCUCAAUCUGGAGAAUGAGAUCGCUGUGCUCAGAAGAAUCCAACAUGACAAUGUUGUGGGGAUGGAGGAUUUCUAUGAAAGUCGGACCCAUUACUAUCUGGUCAUGCAGCUUGUUUCAGGUGGUGAGCUGUUUGACCGGAUCCUGGACCGGGGGAUGUACUCAGAGAAGGAUGCCAGCAGUGUGAUCCAGCAGGUCCUGCAGGCCGUCAGUUAUCUGCACCAGAACGGCAUCGUGCACCGUGAUCUCAAGCCAGAGAACAUCCUGUACUACAGCCAGGAAGAAAACUCCAAGAUCAUGAUCAGUGACUUUGGCCUGUCAAAGAUGAUAGAUAAUGACAUCAUGUCGACAGCCUGUGGCACCCCGGGAUAUGUAGCUCCUGAAGUUUUGGCACAGAAGCCUUACAGCAAGGCAGUAGACUGCUGGUCUAUUGGAGUUAUCACCUACAUCCUACUCUGUGGAUAUCCCCCGUUUUAUGAAGAAAGUGAGACACGACUCUUCUCCAAGAUCAUAAAGGCGCAGUAUGAGUUUGACUCACCCUUCUGGGACGACAUCUCUGAGUCUGCGAAGGACUUCAUACGUAACAUGAUGCAGAAGAAUCCCAACAUGCGCUACACCACAGACCAGGCGCUCAGACACCCCUGGAUUAUCGGAAAGACGGCCCGAAGCCACGACAUCUACUAUUCUGUCAGCGUUCAGAUCCAAAAGAACUUUGCCAAGUCUAAAUGGAAGCAAGCCUACAAUGCUGCUGUAGCCAUCAACCACAUGAAGAAGCUGCAGCUGGCCCACUCAGAGCUGGUCCUGAGGCAGGCCAGCAUCCCUGACAUCAAGGUGAUCGACGUGUCCUCCCCAACAAGAAACCGCAAACAUCUCAACCUAGACAAGCUCGAUCCCAAAGCGGAGGAGGCCAAUGGGAACGUACGCGGGGCGCAACACAUGCCACUGCCUCUGAGCCAUGCCGAACUGAAGAGCCACUUCCACCCGCUGAAGGCCAGUCAGAGCCAGUGUGGCGCUCACCACACGCCCACGAUAGCCGAGCAGGGGAAGCACGUCUACCACUCAGAGCCCGCCAACCUCAACGGGUACGGUAAAAAUCGCAACACUAAGACGAUACAGACUGGAGUCUGCUCAGUCAUGUAAAAGGCUUCAUGAAGUUUACAUGGAAACAAAGCAAUUUACUUGGUCAGUGUUGCUGUGUGGACUCAGCAUGCAGCUGUUUUGUGUCAGCAGCUCUCCGGUACUGAGAAUGAGCAGCGGUUGAUCCUUGGAUGGACCCGAGUGGUCUGUGAAGUCCACAGUCUGUGGGACAUUUUGCUUUAGAAGGAGUGCCUAUGGAGCUUUUCAACACAUAAACACACGCACAGCAUUUUAGACAGUCAUCCAGGGGAUGUCUUCCUUAGAAUGGGCUCACUUGGUGCUGAGCUCCAUGUCUUUAUGGUGAAGUCGUCCCUGACUUCUGUUGUCUGAGAGUUUAAUUCAUCAGCACUUAGGGUUCAGGUUUCUUAGGAUCAUGGUUGUUUAAGGGAACAUACACAAUGCAAUAAGAUACGUUAUUGUACUUGAUCAUGUGUAAAGCUUUAUCCUAUAACCUACCUGCAUUUGCAAGCCUAUAUAUAUAUAUAUAUUUUUUUUAAAUGCAUGCUGGGAGGAACCAAUAGCUCAAUUGGUUGAGCGGUUGACCUAUAAACAGGGGCUAUAGUCCCCGAUGCAGCAGUCAUGGGUUCAAGUCCAACCCAUGGCCACUUGCUAUAUGUCCUUCUCUGACUCUUCUCCCUACAUUUCCUGUCUCUAAAAAAAAUGCAUGCUUGCUGCUUCUUAUAAGCCAUAUUGGUGUAAUUUAUUCUGGCAAAGUCGUCUCUUAUUUUUUGUUACUUUCCUUCUGUGUCUGUUUUUUGUUUUGUUUUUUUUUUUUUUGCUUGAAUUUUUUUCUAAAGUAUUUUCUUCCUUUUAUUAAAAAAUAAAAAGACAAAAAAGAGCAGGUCAGACAUAAGUUCACAACUAAACAUUAUAUUGUAUAUUCAAAGAAAUGAAUCAUCAACAGUGUAAAUGCCACAAGUAUAUCCAGAACUUGCCAAUUCAUAGCGCUCACAUGCCAUCAACCUAAAUGUCCUGCUCUAUAUAUGGUAAUAGAUGUUUGUCCACCGCUUUGGACAGUCGGCUUUUUUUCUCUUCAGCUAUAUGUGGCUUUGUAUUAAUGCGUUCAACAGAUAUUGAUCUUGUCUAUGUUUCAUGCUGGAAUUCCUGUAUGCACUAAAAUAAAACCUGUACAGAAUCUGCAUUUGUUUUCUUCCCAUUUGAUUGAUCUGUGAAAACUUGCUGAGAAUUAACUGUGGGAUUAGUUUUAUACAAAUGCACCAUUACUCACACAAAAUAAUCAAUGACAAUAAUUGUCAUGUUCUGGGCUUACAAACUUUAGGACCUAAUUUUUAUUUUCUCCAUUAAAAAGUUUUGAAAUUUUCUUUAUAAACAAGUCAAGUUACACAUUGUAGAUGCUUAUACUGUCUAUACAUACUCAAUAUUACAUGACAGAAAUGUGCAAUCAGACUCGAGUAACACACCUUCUACAAGAGAAUGAAUAAGAAGAAAAAUGUUUGCUGACAUCUAUAGACUGGAAUUACUCAUAGACAUAUUUAAAGCUAUAUUUCACCUUUUGUUAAUUUCUUAUUCCAAUGAAACAAAUGAAACAGAGUCGGAAUGCAACUACAAGCCUUAAUGAAUUCAUCCACUAAUUGGUUUUCACCAUUUACUUUGUCUUUCUUGUUUGUAGUUUGAUUCCUCCAAUUACUUUGCUGAGUUAUUUUUUGCUAAUUAAAACUAAAUAUAUGGUCAUCUGGAACUCGAUGUACUCAAUUCCUUGACCUGACUGGUAUUCCCAAUUAAACUAACCUCCAAAGCCAAUUACCGGCCGUACUGUAGCAGAUUAGAUGUCACACUAGCUCCUCCAGCACAGCCAGGAUUACAGAGAACAGUGUAUUUAGAGCAGCAGGUUUUAGUCAGAGCAAAUUACAGUGAACCAGCAGAUAUUCAAACAUGUCGUUGUAACCAGGUACAGUAAAAGUUUCAGCCUUUAUCAAAACAUAUGAAUCUAAAACUGUGAAUCCCCAUGGACAAAAUUCAUUUAUGUUUAAGGGUACUACUAAAUUUUCUCUGACUGCUGUAAACCUUAAAUCUUUUGGAUUAGCUAAGAUGGAACAUUAGAAGCACCAUGUGGUUCUGUAUGGUGAAUACUCAUCUUUCUUGUGUUUUAUAUGCUUUCUAAAGUUGGAGAUGUUAAAAACAGAAACUGUGAAAAUAUAAAGAUGCUUACGACAGUAAUUCCUCCAGCCCCCCAUUCAACUAGAUCUGACCUUCCAGCUUUACAAGUCAGAAUUUUGUUAAGUUUCAAAGCAGGUUCUGAUGAACUAACAGUCGCUCAUCAUUCUCACUGCUGAUCCUUGUCCAGCUGUUCAGAAUGACCAGCUAUCUUUCAGUCCACCAGGCUGAUUUAUGUUCAGAAGCUGCCGCUAACUCUAAAAUGUCUCAGCCAUGAGAAUCAAAUGGUCUACUUUUGGCUGCAAGAGUGAACACAAGAGUCUUAAUGCACUCCCAGCAGCUGAGAAACUGAACAGCCAGCAGAUUUAGCUUAAUUAUUAAUGACAAUGUCACCGCAACAGUAAGCGAGGAAUGUUUCCAAAAACACUAGCUAACAAUACCUACAAGUUCUAAUAAUAUCUUUAAAAAAAGCAAAAAACAUUUGAGUCCAAUGUUCAAGACAUUUAUUUUUUCAAAUUGAGUUCCUAUAAAGCUAAAAUUUAACUUAGACACAUUUUAAAGGGACAGUCAGAGGAUGUUAGGAUUGUGUUACAUGAUAACAGAGGAAGGAACAUCGUCAAACAAUAUUAAAAAACUGUUGUCAAGAUGUGUUAACAAAGGCAGAACAUUUUGGAUGCAAUAUUCUGAGGAUAUUUUGGGGAUGUUGUUGAGGUAACUGUUCAGGAAAUUUCUGAUUUUGAACAAUUGCUUGCAAACAGAAGAGUGUCCUUACUGAGUUUUACUGGAUGUAACUGUGCAUGUGGACGUAGUCAGUCACUAAGCAGACUCUGUGGCUGAAUGAAUGCCUCAGCUAAAGUCUUUAUACAUUUUUGACGGAAAUAAUUACAUUACUAGAUAAAUUAUUUGGCCCCUCGCCCAGUUUUCUGAUUCUCCACAGAAUACUAGCUUUAGUUGCUUCAUGCUCUCCCCUGGUGCAUUCACCCGGGUCAUGUGCUGGUCGUCUUACUGCCAUGGAAUCAGUUUAUGAUAUUGGUUGCUCAAUAAAUAAUGUCCUCUAUUGCAGACAUGAGUUCUUAUGACAGUGUGGUUGUUAUUUCACUUAUGCAAUCCAUGCCUUUUUGCAGUGUCAGAACAGGCAAGUGAGACAAGGACAUCAUUUGUGCAUCAAGACACCUGCACACAAGUAGUUAGGAACACCUGUAAAUAACCAGGGUCACAUGAACAGUUUAACAGAUAAUGAUAAAACUACAGUAUUACAUGAGAAAAUGAUUACAUAAGUAAAUAAUAAACAAAGCAGAUUACAUGAGUAAAUGAUAAAAUUCCUCUCACAGUAUCACCUCUACAGCUUUGCAGAACUUUUUCAGAACAUCUUUGAUUCAAAACCCAAUCUAACUAGGUUAGCGUUAGCAUGCUCUGCAGCUAAUUUGGCUAACAUUAUCAUUAGCAUACAUUCUCUGUAUGCCCACAGACGAGAAUGAUGUGGGGAAUUGUAACAGUGAGGGACAUUCACAGAUAGAGGAAAGCUAAAGUCACAUUUGAGACUAAUAAACAAGGACUGUGGAUUACUCUGUUAUCUGUUUUGCUUCUGCGCAACUUGAACUGUUUGCUUACAUUUGUUUACUUCUCUCCUGCUCCUUGUGCUCACAAAUACUGCUUUUUAAUACAGCAAAAUUUCUUCCAAUAAAACUGUUCUCAUUUACAUAUUUUUCUGUUUCUUUUGUCAGACAAUAAAAUGAGCAUGAAAAGUGACUGGAGCACAGAUAAACCUGCAGUUGAUUCAGGUGAGCUACUGCUUUGCAUGGCUAAACUACUGAUUUUAUAACUGCAACUUCAUAUGAUGAACUCACAACAGACAUGAAUUAAAAGCAACUGCUUAGCUCUGUAUUCCAUGAUAUUAUCAUAUAAAAUGGUUGCUCAAAAAGAGCAUUAGUGGCGAUAGAAAUCCCUGGCAUUGCAGGCUAAUCAUUCGCAAAAACAAAAACAAACUUUAUAACCAGGGUUUUUUCAGUUAUUUAACCUGGGAGUUAUACAGUCAUGGUGAAAUAAACAUUGUUUCACAGUAUUUUAAGCCGAAAAAUUGAAAGAAACCAUUUCAUGACGUGAGACUUUCAUUAAUUUGCUGAAAGUGGUCACAACAUGAGACAUUUAAAUAGUGUGCUAAAGAUAACCAAGUCUGUAUUCAUUCUUCAGUUUUGAAAUCAGAAACCCUCGUGUUUGUGUGUUGGCAUUUUCAGACUGCUUAUGUUUGUCUUAAAACAUUAUUUUUGAAAACAAGAUAGUGUAUUUUACCCUUUUCUCCCCUGAGCUCCUGCUGAAAGAGCUUUCACAUCUACACACACCACAAACCCUCCUGAACCACAGCAUGACUGACUUGGUGAAGUCCAGCAUGAAGACAGACCAUCCAUUGAAAGGAGAAAUAUGUGGCAAAGGUCCUCAAACAGUCUCAACCUUUUUCCCAGCUGUGACAAACAUAAAUGCCUCGAACCUAGACCGAGUUGCUCAAAGAGAAACUCUAUUGACAUCCUAAUUACAGUGAUAUUACUAGCACUGUUUUAGGAAAGUCUGCUUUGCAAAACACCACAAAUUGUGUGAAAGGUUUGCCUUGAAUCUAGAGACUGGUUUUUAGCAUGUUCACCUAUUUUUUGAAUGUAUGUAUUUUCUACAGCUUAUGGGUUUAUUUAACAAACGCGAAGAAUAAUAUGAAAUAAGUAAUGUUAGCAAUAUCAGAAAAAAGGAAAAUUGCUACUUUGCCUGUUGGUAAUGUAUAUUUUUAAACUUUUCUGGCCCUUUACUCAUUUCAGGGUAUUGCUGGUGAUAAGAAGCCCUGGUUAAUGUGUACCUGAGCUAAAAAUAGUCACAAUAAUAACAUCAGCAAAUGACAAGUUAGUAGGUCGAAGUGAUGUUAGGUGAUAGAUCAGAGGACACCAAAAUCAGCAUGAUCCUAUUAAUGCAAAAUGUGGUGGGCCUGUAGAGGGACAGAACCCCGACUGGUUCAAACUGGAUUAAAUGUUAUUAUGCCAAGCAGGCAUCAUACGCUGUGCAGAUGCUGAACCGACAUGCAGGAGUCUCAUGACGUUGUCCAGUUGUCACUUUCACUGAUCUCUGAUGACACACGUCUCUCUGUGACAAAGAUCAGACACAUUUCCCAACUCACUCGCCUGACUUCACCCCUUUCCCUUGUGCAGGGUGAACUAAGUCAAAGGGCAGAAGGUUGGAGACACAUACUCACACACGUACAAGCUAACCCCUGCAGUCCGUCACCGCCUCGCUGUCAGACAGGAGAGCAGGAGUCAGACCAGCUCAGGACUGCAUGAUUCGAGGGAUUCUACUGAACCUUAUCCUCUUGUGAAGCUUAUCUGUCAGCUCAAUAUGAGAGAUUUCAUGUGCGCCAAUACAGUUGUCCAGCAAUCUCUGUUGACCAAUAAAUGGGAUUGACUCUGCACAGGCUCAAGUACUGUGAUUGGACACUAACCAAGCUCUCCUGAUGAGCUGAUGGUGACCAAUGUUCAACAGCUCACACAACUAAAAACCAAUUAGUUAUGUUGUUCAGUAAUAUAAUACGUUCAGUGGAAUGUUUAGCCAACAUGAUUUGUUCUUUCUGGAUAGAUAGAUAGAUAGAUAGAUAGAUAGAUAGAUAGAUAGAUAGAUAGAUAGAUAGAUAGAUAGAUAGAUAGAUAGAUAGAUAGAUAGAUAGAUAGAUAGAUAGAUAGAUAGAUAGAUAGAUAGAUAGAUAGAUAGAUAGAUAGAUAGAUAGAUAGAUAAAACAGAAGUCCAAUUGCUUUAUACCAAAGAUCAUCUGAUAAUCAUGACAUCUGCACAGACACAAUAUAAUAUAGUCUCCUGAAUCUGCUUCACAACACAUACAGGCCUCAUGUGAUGUAACACGCGCACAGUGUCACGUACAGGGAGUAUUUGUCUCACUUCUGGAAACUCAUGCCCUUUUCCCCAAACAAACCCUAAUCUCUAAAAAGCACUCACAGUGCAAGUAGCCUCAUGAAUAUGCAUUUUGUCUCCACAGUGGGAGUCAACCUGACUCUGCUUGUCUUUAAAUUGCAGGAUCUGCCCCCUCCUCUUUGCCUGCGAAUGCUUGGUCAGACCAAACACUAAGAAAAAAUCAAGGAUUUGGUGUGUGCUUCAAAGGUCAUCAAACAACACAAAAUGGAAAGCAUUAGCGAGUUCAUUCCAUUUGCUAAGGAGAUGCUGAGAGAGAGGCCCAGCCGGAGCAUGCUGAAGAUCUACAUGAUCGGCUCCACUGUGGCAAUGCUUGGAAUGGUCGGUGGUUUGGUGGAAACAAUUGUCCUGCCCUUUGUGGAGAAGGACACUUUGGAGGAUGAACCAUUAGAGCUUAUCAUGGAGAGCGAGAAGGAGAAGAAGCAGGUGUUGAAGUCCCGGCCUGCCUUGGUUCAUACUGAAGUGGUGGAUGUGCCGGAGGCGGUGGCGACUGGAGCCAAGGCCAAACACCUGGUGGCCAUUGGGCGGAGAAACUCAGCCAACCGCUUACAUGCUUCUUAAAGCAGCAUGUACCCCUCCUGAUGUAAAUGGACACAGCAGUUACAACAUUGGUGGUACCACUGGUAAAUUAAAUCACCACGUUGAACUGGUCCAUUUCUGCUUGUUCAUUCAUUUCAGAUUAGAUAAACAUGCAUUGUCCCCUUUGUUGACUGGCAAAAAUGAGAUGAGAUACAAUGCAAACUGCAGGUUACAGUAACGUCUGGCUGCUGGGCAGCAGAUACUUGUGGAUGUGAUGUGAUGAUGUGCUGGAAGAAUAAUAGAAUGUCUGUGAUUUAAUUCAUGAUGCAUUCUAAUAAAUGUAUUUUCACCUAACAA